AUGGGUUUCUAUACAGUUAUUCUAAUAGGUCAAUUCCUCAUUCAAGGAGUUCUUUCUUUUCACUCAGCUGAUCAGCUGGAAGAUCUAGAGCCAAUAGAUCCGGUGAUUCGAUCGUCUCUAAAGUUCUUCCAGUCUCUUCUUCCAUUUCAAGCAAUUUUGGGAAUCAUCGGGAAUCUGCUUAUCCUUCCCGUUCUCUUUUCGGCAAAAAUGAGAAACAGAGCCAACUUUUUUCUCGGCUUUGCCUCAUUGACCGACCUUUUUCUGAUGAUCUCGUUGAUGCCGCAUAUUUUGGCAAAAAAGAUUUCUCGGUGUUUCACCAAUUUUGCCUCGUUCUACCUUUUGUGGAAACCCCAAUUCACGGCUACAUCGAAUUGUCUUGCUUCGUAUGGUGUCUGGCUAAUAGUGGCGGCUACAUUUGAGCGUUUUUGGGCAAUUAAAUCGCCACUUUCACGAAUGAAAUACGGAUUCCACAGUCGUGAUUUUCUGAUUGUUCUCUUUCUCUUUAUCCCAUCGUUCCUCACCACCAUUUACCUUGGUCUCAAAGAUCCUCCUUUUGUCGGGCUCUUGACUUAUCUGCACGCAUUUCAUGGGAUUACACUUCCAGUUCUUUUAUUGGUUAUUCUGAAUGUCUUGCUGCUUCAUUACUUGAGGAAAAGACAGCAAUUAACCGAAAUCGAUGAUCAUAAUCGCCAAAUGUCGAAAUCGGAGAAACAUGUAACAAACACUGUUCUUGUGAUCAUUUCUUCUUAUAUCGUCAUCAGUUUUCCGUCGGUCAUCUUGUCAAUGAUAAGUGUGAUCCCGACGCUCCAAAUGAGCCCAAUAUCCACGGUUUUUGCUUGGACAGUCUCCGAUUUUUUGGUGAUUAGCGGAAAAGUCUCGAAUUUCUUCCUGUUUUGCCUCAGCAGCAAACACUUUCGCGAUCAACUCAAGCGGGUCUUUGUUGGAAAA